AUGCAAGGGGAAAACCUCACCGAGAUCUCCGAGUUUAUCCUUUUGGGGCUCUCGGAGGACCCCGGGGAGCAGCGGCUGCUGUUCCUCCUCUUCCUGAGCAUGUACCUGGUCACGGGGCUGGGGAACCUGCUCAUCGUCCUGGCCAUCGUCACCGACGCCCGGCUCCACACCCCCAUGUACUUCUUCCUGGCCAACCUGGCCUUCGUGGACAUCUGCUUUACAUCCACCACCAUCCCCAAGAUGCUGGUGAACCACGUCACAGGGCACAGGGGGAUCCCUUACGCCGGCUGCCUCACCCAGACCUUCUUCUUCAUCCUCUUUGCCGAUAUCGACAGUUUGUUGCUGACUGCCAUGGCCUAUGAUCGCUAUGUGGCCAUCUGCAACCCCUUGCACUACGCCACGUCCGUGACCCCGCAGCUCUGCAGCCUCCUGGUGGGGGCUUCCUGGGCCAUCGCCUUCACCAACGCCCUGACCCACACGACCUUGCUCACCCGCCUCUCCUUCUGCACCCACAAUAAAGUCCCGCAUUUCUUCUGCGACCUCAGCCCUCUGCUCAAGCUGGCCUGUUCGGACGCCUUCCUCAACAACCUCAUGGUCUACACCAUAGGCAGCUUAUUCGUCUUCACCCCCUUCAUGGGCAUCCUGGUCUCCUACACACGCAUCUUUGCGGCUGUGCUGAGGAUUCCAUCGCGGACAGGCAAGCAGAAGGCCUUCUCCACCUGCGGCUCCCACCUGUCCGUGGUCACCCUCUUCUACGGGACCCUCAUCGGGGUGUACUUCAGCCCCACAUCCUCUCACACGGCCCAGAAGGACACGGUGGCCGCGGUGAUGUACACGGUGGUGACCCCCAUGAUGAACCCCUUCAUCUACAGCCUCCGGAACAAGGACAUGAAGGGGGCCUUGAAAGCCCUGCUCAGUAGGAAACAGGCUGUGAAUGGGGGAGACUGA